AUGACGGCCACUGAGGGGCUCCACUGUACCGGGAAGAUGAGCCUGUCACGGAACGGCACGCUGGAGAAGGCCGUCUCUGAGCAGGCCCACCCGGGAACGCGCUCGCCCUCCCGGGCGGGGUCAGGGGUCGUGGUGCCGCCGCCCUACUCCCCCGCCGACGGCCCCCUGGAGCUGAGGGGCUCCCUGGACUGCUGGGCCUGCUCCGUGCUGGUCACCGCGCAGAACCUACUCAUCGCCCUGGUCAACGGCGGUCUGGCCGGCGUGGUGUUCGGCAUCAUCCUCACCCCGGCCCUCGCCAUGGUCGUGUUCGGCUUCCUCUGCCACUCCACAGUGCAGCCCCACGGAACGUCCCUGUACUGCUCCGACCUGCUGGACGACACGGCCUGCGUGGCCCUGCUGGUGGUGGGCUUCCUGCUGAUGACCCCCCUGCUGGUCCUGGCGCUGGCCGCCUACUGCCGCCUGGCCCGCCACCUCCAGCUGGGCAUGUGCUUCAUCCCCUACAGCCGCGCCGUCUACAAGAACCUGCCCGCCGCCGCCAACCGCCGGGGGCCAGGGGCCAGGGGCUGCUGCGGUCAGCAGGGGCAAAAGGAGACCGAUGGGAAGGGGAGUGUGUGGGUGUAGGACCAGAGAGGAGAGGAGUUUUGUACAGGCUUGUAAUAUGUAGUUUAGCGUCUUUUCUGGUGCCAACCAGCUUUGUAUUUUUCUAACAGUCUUUGUUAAAGUCAUCAGAAUUCAAUUUGUAUUGUAUGAUCGUUUUGAAUUGUUGGGUUAUAAUUGGAUUGUCGGUGUCGGUCUUGUGUGUCUUUCAAUGUAUUGAAUGUAUUUUACACAUUUUUACAUUAAAAUUACAUUUUGCUUUCUCAGUUUUGAGUGUUACACAGAAACCAGAAACGUGAUAAAAACCCUAUAACCGUCUUUGAGUGACAGAAUGAGAGAAGAUCCUAUCUAUUUCCUUCAUAGACAACCUAUUUAAAGUUGUCUCUGAACGACACUGAAAGUUAAAUGUUACGUUCAA